CCUCAACCGCCGUCGACAUGCGAGUCUCGGUGCACGUCGCCGAACUCGACCUCAUCGUCAACGUCGACGUCUCUCCGGACUGUACGGUCGCAGACCUCAAAGCUGCCGUCGCCUGUGAGUUCCCAGACGGCGAUCCGCGCGAUAUAACGCGCGCCAAAGUUUUGAAAGAUGCCAAGCAGAUUCCAGAUGCGUCAAGUUUACGCGACGCCGGCGUCGUGCAGGACGACCUGUUGAUCGUGUCGCUGGGUGCAUCCGGUGGGGAAAGCAUCGCGUCGGCGGACGCGCGCGCGCUUGCGGCGGAUGGUAGCGCAGUGGACGCGCAGGCGAUGAUGGAGAGUUUUCGCGGCAACGCCGGCACGCUCGAGGCGUUGCGUCGGCAGGGAGGAAGCGAACUCGUCGAUUGCAUCGAAGCGAACGACGUGGAGGGGUUUCAGAGAAUGAUGCGGGAGAUGCGGAAACGGAUGUUAGCGGCGAGGGAACAGGAGGCGGAGGAGAUGGCGUUGAUGACGAGCGACCCGUUCGACGUCGAGGCGCAGCGGAAGAUUGAGGAACGCAUCCGACAAGAACAGGUGUUAGGCAAUUUUGCGACCGCGAUGGAGGAAACGCCCGAGGCAUUCGCUCAGGUGGUGAUGCUAUACGUCGAUCUGGAGGUGAAUGGAGUGGCGCUGAAGGCGUUUGUCGAUAGUGGGGCGCAGAUGUCGAUCAUGUCGGUGACGUGCGCGCGACAGUGCGGACUGGAAAGGCUCAUCGACAAGCGGUUUAGCGGCAUCGCGAAAGGCGUGGGGACGCAGAACAUCAUUGGACGCGUGCACCAGGCACCGAUGAAGGUGGGUGAACACUUCUUGCCGUGCGCGAUUACGGUUUUGGAGAAGGAACAAGACAUGGACUUCAUCUUUGGUUUAGACAUGCUGCGCAGACACGCGUGCUCCAUCGACUUGAGGAAGAACGCCCUCGUUAUCGGCUCGGUCGACGUGGAGUUGCCGUUUUUGAGCGAGAGCGAAAUUGGAAAGACAGCACAGGAAGCGUUUCAAGGCAAAGCGCCCGAGGCGGCGAUCCCGACCCCCUCGGCGGCGGUCCCGACCCCCUCGCCGGCGGUCCCGACGCCCUCGACGACGCCUUCGUCUUCGUCGGCGCACGACGAAGAAAAAAUUGCUCGAUUAACCGCGCUCGGCUUUUCUCGGCAGCAAGUUAUCGACGCCUUGAACGCGACGAGUGGUAACGAAGAGUUUGCGGGUGCGCUAUUGUUCGGUUAAACGCU